GUAGCGGUGGUGGGGAAGGGAAGAAACUUCAUAAGCACCUUACAAGAAAACGAAAGCAGGUCUUCUUUGUGUCGUGAAUUGAAUGCGACCACAAGGCCACCCCUUUUCUCUUUCUCUCUCUUCUUCUUCUGCUGCCUCUGCCUCUCUCUCUCUCUCUCUCUCUCUCUCUCUCUCUCUCUCUCCCCACUACUUCUUCCUAGGGAGGACUAUUGGACUAAAGAUUCCCUCUUUUGUAUGCUACAAAUAUGAGAAUGCUUCAUGGGAUAUCUUGCAACUUAUUCUACCACCCUUGUGAUUUUUUCCAUCCCAAGUUCGUGUUGAUUUGAUUGCAAGCCUUCACAAAACUUCAGCUUGAAAAAGAUACACCCAAAGUGGGCUUUUAAAUCCUUCUUUGGCCCUCUGAACAAUACAUCCCCUGCCACGAAAUAAGCUUGCUUUUUAUUUUUGGUUAUAGAGCAAUUACUGCUUGCACAAAGGGGGAAUCUAGAAUUGCAGGAACAGAUUUCUCUAUGGGAGAAGCCCCAGCGUUCAUUGUUGAUGAGCUGCAGAAGGGAUAUGGAAAUGGAUUUGAUAUAAAAUCCAAAGGCGGUGAAACAGCCAUUCUCAUGGGCAACAGAACUUAUGUGAUUGGUGGAGCCUGUGAGGAAUCGCCAUUGUCCAUUGGAGUUCAGAUUUUUGACCAAUCUACUGGUGAAUGGAUAUAUCCUACUGUGUUGGGAACAAAACCCAAAACCUGUAAGGGCCUUUCAGCAGUGCUUUUAAGUGAAGACCGAAUAUUGAUUACUAAGAAUGGUUCCACCCCAGACGAUUUUGCUUGGUUCCUUGAGGUGGACACCCAAUAUGUGAGGCAGCAGAAGAAAAUUUUGGGCACUGACGUGGUUGCCUGGAGUAAGGGUGUGAGGGGCUAUGCUGAGAAGCCAAUUGUUAUUAGUGGUCCUUCUGGGGUAGGUAAGGGGACACUAAUAUCCAUGCUCAUGAAAGAAUAUCCCUCCAUGUUUGGGUUCUCUGUGAGCCACACAACCCGUGCUCCUAGAGCUAUGGAGAAGGAUGGGGUCCAUUACCAUUUCAUUGAGCGAAGUGCCAUGGAGAAAGAGAUAGAAGAUGGGAAGUUCCUUGAGUUUGCUUCUGUGCAUGGAAAUCUCUAUGGAACUAGUGUUGAAGCAGUAGAAGUGGUAGCAGAUGAUGGGAAGAGAUGCAUUCUUGACAUUGAUGUUCAAGGUGCAAGAUCCGUGAGGGCUAGUUCACUGGAAGCUAUCUUCAUCUUUGUAUGUCCACCCUCAAUGGCGGAGCUUGAGAAGCGCCUUCGUGCAAGGGGAACUGAGACAGAGGAACAGGUCCUAAAGCGACUUAAAAAUGCCAAGGCUGAGAUUGAGCAAGGGCAAUCGUCAGGCAUCUUUGAUCAUAUGCUGUAUAAUGAUAACCUGGAAGAGUGUUACAAGAGUCUUAAGAAACUCUUGGGGCUAGAUGGAACUGUCACUGCUCCUCCUAAAUCAUCUCCUAAAGUGGUUGAUCUGCCUAUGGACCAUUCAGUAGCCAAAAUUGAUCACAGAAUCAUCAUAAACUCUAAAACUCCGGAAAUGGGAAAAGCAUCUACGAACAUGCAAGUAUCUUUUUCAUUGUUAGUUUCUUCUAUGCAUAAGAUAUUCAGCUUGUUUACACGUUUACGCUGUCUUAGCAGGAUUGUGCUGGAUGUGUCAUCCCUCAAAGGAGGGGCCCCUGGACGGACUAGAGGGCUAGACAUUUAUACCAUGGACUCAUUUUUGGAUGGUUUGGCUUGUAUCAAUCACUGAGCCAAAUAUUUCAACCCAGAUAGCGACCGACUUCUUUGAUUUCUUUAUUCGUAUUUUCAAAUCUUUCUCAAUUUUAGUCUUAAAGAAAAAGUGGUGAUGAAGCUUCAUAUAUGAUUGUGUCAGAUCAUCGCAUAGAUUGGUUUUUUUUUUUUUUUUCCCCAUUCUUUGCUUGUUUAGAACAGAGAUGACUUUAGACUUGGAGCAAUGUUGAACAAUUACAAUGACCCCACAUGGGCAAAUGAGAGCUGAUUUAUGGUUUUGUUCGGCAAAUUUGAAUAUCGAUCUAAGAAAACCAUCCGCGAGGAUGCCUUAAACAUUA